AUGUCCGAAACCCCCGCCUCCGAGCACACGCCGCUGCUCCCGGCCGAACCCCCAUCUCCCGAGUCCGUCCGACCGCCGAAACCACAACGAACCGUCACCUUCAACCCAAACCCCGUCACAAAAACCAUCGAACCAGCCGCUGCCUACUCCCAAUCCCCUCCCCGAGUCUCCUACCUCCACCACCGCGCUCCCAACACCCCAUUGAGCGCCUCCGCCAUCAGCACCGGCGGCCCGCCCAUGCUUUCGGCCCUCAACAAUAAACUCCUCCGCCGCAACAGCCACGCCGGCGUGUCCACCAGCAGCAGCGCGGGCGGUGGCAGCCAGCUCGCAGGGCUAGGGCUGCCCAUGGUCGCAGCGGCAGCCGGCCUGCCCAAGAUCGGCCCCCAGCGCAGCACCAAAAACGCCCAGAAGCUCAAACUACUCCCGAACCCGGAACCCGAAGCCGACGAGGUCGACGAAGAGAGCGGUCGCGAUGUCUACUCGCAGUACACCCGUAUCAAAGACCCAACCGCGCGGCGCGAUGCUGCGCGGCUCGGCAAAGCCGAUCGGGACAAACUCCCGCGUGUGACGGCGUAUUGCACGGCGAAUCGAUACCAGAUGGAUGGGCUGCAGCGGUUUUUGAAGGGCGGCAGGGGGAAAGGGAGGGGGGCGAAUCCGAAACUGAUUGAUGAGUGCAUUUAUACGCCGUAUAGUUAUAGUUCGAAACAGGUGCAGACGGAGCGGCAGGAGAGUUUGCUGGAGGUGCAUUCGAACCCGGAACGGCGGUACUCGACGGGGGAUCUCGACGAAUUGCCUAGUCAGUCGAGUCAGGCGUCCGACGAUAGUUUGGUUGCAAACGGACGGCCGUCACACCACGAUAUGUCUAACAGCCAUCACGGUGGCGGUAUCGCCGAUGACAACGACAUUAUUCCCCAUGGCCUAUCCGACCACGAUCACCACCCCCACCACCACCAUGGCCAUGACCGCGAUCACUCCAGCAACCCCCUCGGCAGCGAAAUCGCCGACUUCGACAUCAACGUCCACACGCCCGAAGUCUUCCUCUUCGACUACGGCGUCGUCGUAAUCUGGGGCAUGACCGCCUCCCAAGAACAACGUUUCCUCAAAGAAAUCUCCAAAUUCGAAGUCGAGAAACUCGCCCCGGACGACGUCGAAACCGAAAAAUUCAACUUCUACUACACCCACGAGUACCAAGCGCGCAUCUACAACGACUUCAUCGCCCUGCGCGACAAGCGCAACUACAUGACCAAGCUCGCCAUCUCCCACGCCCUCGCGCAGAGCGUGAAAACCUCGCUCUUUGAAGAACUCAUCGCUUCGACGAUUGACACCUGCAAGAACAUCCCCGCGCAGCUUGCCCUCACGGGGAAGAUUGCGCUGUCACGCGCGGAGAUCAAUAUGCAGAUUGGCGAGCUGUUUAUUCUGCGGAUUAGUAUUCAUUUGAAUGGGUCGGUGCUGGAUACGCCCGAGUUGUUUUGGGUUGAGCCGCAGCUGGAGCCGGUGUAUCAGGCUGUGAGGAGUUAUUUGGAGAUGGAUCAGCGGGUCGGGUUGUUGACGGAGCGGUUGGAUGUGAUUGCGGACUUGUUGGCUGUGUUAAAGGAGCAGUUGAGUCAUGGGCAUGGGGAGAAGUUGGAGUGGAUUGUCAUCGUACUAAUCGCGGCUGAAAUCGCCGUCGCCGUCGUCAACAUCAUUGUCGACCUGUGGGCGGGCGUGUAA